UUAAAGAAUUUACACAUAUACGAUAUUGUUCUCGUCUUCAGUAUACUACGCCAUUUUGGAGAGUAAAGGCAAAAAUGGAGCGUAUUUAAUCUGCGGAAGAAAUACAAGAACUUCCAGAGUACAGAUAAAAUUAGACUUGGAUUGGUUGCAUUGUUGUAUUUAAUGGAGGAGAAAGCUUUUUUUGAUAAAAUGAUCAGCCAUUUACGUGCCUCAUGCAAGUAUUAUACUGGGUAUCCCAAAGAUCUUGGCCCAUCACGGGUUAUUCAUUUUAAAUCAGAGCGUGAUUUUGUCCAACUUCUUCACGAAGGUCGUCCUGUAGCUGUUGCUUUCACCAUCAGAGGAAAUUACACCAAACAUCUUGAUCGGGUACUUGAGGAAGCUGCUGCUGAGUUCUAUCCCCAUGUAAAAUUUGUCCGUGUUGAAUGUCCAAAAUACCCUGGGUUCUGUUUAACACGACAGAGGAAGGAAUAUCCGUUCAUUGAAAUAUUCCACAGCCCUGAACAAGCGGACAGUCAAGGAAAGGUUGUUGAUCCUGGCGUCACAAAGUACUCGGUCAAAGUUCUACCUUUCAACUAUGACAUCAGUGCCUAUGGAUUUAGAGAAUAUUUCAAGCGCCAUAAGGUUCCAACUUCAGAGACAAAGUAAUUGCUUCCUGAGGAAGUCCGAUAUGGAUGCUUGUGGAUUAUGGAUUUUACGUUGUUCAAAGUUGUAUCAAGUGAUUAUUACCUCAAGCACGGGAUUUGAAAAGGUCCUACUUGGAAAUCAUCCUCUUUACUAUAAAUUUGCAGCGUCCUCUUCUCUCACUAGCUUUUGUCAAUAGUUUCGCUAGUGUCAGUUAAACGUGAUUAUGAAUAUGAAUAUACCUUCGAAACAUGGAUCAAUUGUACUACCAUAUAUACAAUUUUACUA